AUUAUAAGAAAAGUUCACAACAUUUCUAUGAUGCAUUUAGUUAUUUUAGCGCAGAGUUUUAAAAUAAUUUGGUUGGGUUGUUAGCAGUACAUUUAACUGAUGGUUGCUAACUUGACUUGGUCGUGUCGCUUAUAUAUGUCCAAUGUCUGACGAACGAUCGUGUCCUACUAUUUUGUCCAGGUUAUAGUUUGGCUUAAACACUCAGCCAAUUAGUCCCGGGCUCCAGCCUCAGUCCACUUAAUCCAGCCUUAGUAAUCGCGUUGUGUCAUCAGCCCUCACACAAUGUGUGACACACAAGUGUGUUCAGGGUAAUUGAGUUGUAACUGAAUUUGAUAUGUUAUUGGCAGGAGAAGACUGUUCCAUCUCAGAUACAUGCCUGGACUCAGACCAUACACUAGCUGGUGUACAUUACUUUUGUGGUUGAUUGGAGGGAAACAGUUACGUUUUUAGCUUUUUGAUGAGUUCAGCAUAAGUCAUCUCUGAGAAGCUAAUUACUGUAUUUCACCUAUGAUGAAUGUUAGGUAUGGGUUGCAGCAUUGUAAACACUAAAUUGCUACUGAAUGUCAAUCGCAAAGUUCUGCAGCAGAAUAAAGUAUUGAAGGUUGCCUGUAAAACUUUGAUAAAAUGUGUUUAGUUGCUUAAGUAAAUAAUGGAAGAUACGGAGAGUGACUAGAAUUUCUGUGAGUUCUCAUACAACAUUAAAUAAAUAGCAUCUAUGUUGAGGAUUCUGCAAGUUUGAUUGGAAGUAGGGAUAAUCAGCUGGAUACACAUUAAGUAACGUAUAACAAGAUAAAGGUGUCAGCGAAUGCAGCAUUCAUUGAGACAUUAUAUUUGUGAAGUGGCAUAGUUAUGAUAUGGCUCAAAAUCGUUCAGAUCGCUCAUAUGCAUUCACUCUUUAUGAUAUAUCAUAUCCAAUAAAACUACUGUUUCCCCAUACUGCUAUUCUUCUUCCUUCAGUUUUCUGUUCACUGUCUCUCUUUUGAACUUUUUGAACUUGAACCCUCUUUUCGGGCUGUUUGGUACAUGGAGAGUGGGAACUCGAACUGCUGCAUAUCUGUGCAAAGCUCUUUGUUGAAACCAGUUAGUCAGGCAUAGUUGUGUGAGCAGAAUGUGGCGUGACGAGCCAUCUAACAACUUCAUGGUAAUGAAAGGUGGAUAAAGGAGCUAAGUUUCUUCUCCAAAUUGGCAUUACUUGAGGGGAAAACAUUAGGAUCUCUGAAUGAUCAGUCUUACACACAAAAUGUUGAUAUGCUAAAACUGACUUGCAUAUCUGCAUCUCGUUGCCUACUCCAACAUUUUCUCACUAUGUUGCAUGUAUUACUAUUGAUUGCUGAUGUUUCCAACCAUAAUUCCUUAACUCACUCUGAUUAAUUAAAUUGUGUUUGCACUGUCUAUCUAUUGAUUAAAACUUCAAUUGGAUAUCAUCUAUAUUGGUUCUGUCAUUUUUAGUACUCUGCUCAUUAUAGCUUUCGUACUGUCUGUUGUCACCUUAAAUGGAAUUGUAUGAAUAUAUAUAUUAGUGAUUAUUGAAUAUGAAACCGCUUCUUAGGAAAACAAGACACUUUACACAACUCAGGGGAAAUUGACUAGUCCCACCUACAGAGUAAACGUUAACUGCUUGAACUGCUGGUCAGUAGUUGAGGUAUUAUGACGGUAAGUUGUUCUUCAUCAAAACCCAAUCUUCCAAAUCGCUGGAUUACUAAGUGAUAAUUCAUUGCAAAAUAUCCUGCACAAACCGUUGUUUUUGCUUUUUUCAAAUAGGAUGUAAUGAUCGAAGUUUGUUCAGUUUGGGUACAGUACUUCAUCUGGUUCAGACAGUAGUGAUGCGGUAUUAUUAAGUUAAAAAAUGGGUAUUAUUGACUUAUAAUGCAAUUUUUCGGUCGUUUUAAUAUAUAUCUUACUGAAUAAGACCCAUGCUUUCCUUUCUAAACUCUGUAAUCACUUUCCAAUGUCUGUUUAGUCUUUUUUGGUCGUUGUCAAUGUUUUAGUAUUUUAUGCUCAUAUCAUGGUAGUUUGGAAUCGUUUACAGUAUUGUAAGUGCCAAAGUGAAAUACCUUAAUGGUUAUGAAUGACGUGUCUGCUUAUUGAGAUAUCUCAAGUUCGUUUUCCAUCAUUGCUCUAUUUGUAUUGAAUGGAUCUUGUGAAGGCAGAAAUCGCAAGACAACGCGAAAAACUCGCGAGCAGUGGACUUGUAGGUAACAACAAGUUCUUCAAACGGUCAUUAUUGAAACAAAAAGAGGAAGAAGAGUAUUUAAGUAAAUCCAAGCGUAAUAAGGAGCAAGCAAACAAUUAUGAAGAUUAUGAUUAUAAAACAAAGACAGAUGAGGAGGAUCUUUUGCUAAAAAAGUUCGAAGAAAGAAACCGAGAGGAGAGAGAGAAAGGAAAACUUAUGCCGCGCAAAGAAGUUAUUCGCCUUCUAAGGGAACGUAAUCAACCGAUACGAUUAUUUGGUGAGAGUGACUAUGAUACUUUUCAACGAUUAAAAAGAGUUCAACUUCUGGAACCGGAAUCAAAGGGAUUGCGCAAUGAUCUUAUCGCGGCGUUAGACAAGAUAGAUGAUGCAGAAGAUGAAGAGUUUUACAAAUCCGGUCGUAAAAGACAGGAUUCAGAAUCUCAAUCCACCGAAAGUUCAUCAGUUUCUUCUACUUUGGACGUUGAAACAAAAAAGAAUACUCUGACAGAAGAACAACUAGAAAAGAUGAAAGUUGAUUUGGCCCGCUACGUCACACUAAAAGAAGGCACGGCUACUGAUGACGCAACAACUGCAGUGGUCGCUAUCAGCAAACUUUCACCAAAUAAUGUAUGUACGAAUGAUUUUGACGAAGCUUUUCAUGAGCAAGUAAUCGACCACGUCCUCCGUUAUUUGAAGUUCCUGUUGUCUAAAUGGGGUCAUGCUCUAAACACUAGAACUAAAGAGGAAAAGCUUUCUUAUUCCGGAAAAAUGGCUAGUGCAACUUACACACAGACUGUAGAAUAUAUCAAGCCACUUCUUCGUGCACUUCAAAACAAUCGCUGUAAAGGGGAUAUUCUGAACUCCUUGGUUAAAAUUAUGGUUUUGAUGAUGGAUCGAAAUUAUCUAAAGGCUAAUGAUGCGUAUUUAGAGCUAGCUAUCGGCAAUGCUCCUUGGCCACUGGGUGUAACCAACCACGGUAUCCAUUCAAGAACUGCACAAGAAAAAAUCUAUGCCAAGAACGUGGCACAUGUUUUAAAUGAUGAAACACAACGUAAAUAUAUCCAGGCUAUAAAAAGACUAAUGACACAGUGUCAAAAGUUCUUUCCAUCUGAUCCGUCGAAAUCUGUCAACUAUAUGGGUUCUGUUGGAUAGGGCAUGGUUUAUCUUGAAUUUAAUCCUUUUCCAUGUGUGACGAUUAUGUACAUAAUUUUCUUUUAAUUUGCUUUACUUAAAAAAAGACUUAUCUGUGGUGUGUAAAUAUUUCUGAAAUAAAUUUGUUAAAAUCCUUAUUGUUUUUAAUUGUACUAUAUACAUACUACUACUACUAAUAUAUUCCAGCAAAUCAACAGUGCUAGAUGUAGCAUUUUCUUUUGUAAUUUAUGCAGAUGCUAUUCAUUUGAAGCUAUGGUUAUAUUCAGUACUGUGUUUACUGUACUUAGCUCAAAACGAUCACUUUUGUUGUCGGGCAUAAUUAAUAAUCACGUCUCUCAUCAACACGGUUAUAAAAGUGGAAAUUUCGAGUAUGUGGAAGCUGUGGGAUUUGUACCUGCCUCACAGAAAAUACAACUAUACUUCUAGGCCUUAAUGUGC